AGCGCGCUUCUCAUUUGACCUGGUACUGAGGACUACGGUAGACUGUCUUCCUCUCCUUCGAGCAAGAGGAGUGUGCUUGACUAGACGUCCAUCACUCGUUCCUUCCCUUGGUCAAGACAGCGGAUCGACCCCUCCCUCCACCGCCUCGCAGAAUCAUCAGCAGCAGCAGCCCCUCAUCUCCGGCCUCAAGUUCAUAGACAGAGCUCCCCUCUCGUGCCCUCGCCUCCAUCUUCGGCCUAUCCUUCUCGCCCACUCAUACCCUCAUCUCUCACCAUGUUCGGCUCUUCACGACGCAACUCGCAGUCGUCUAUCGCGACUGGCUCGUCCAAGCUCUCCAAGAAGGACAUCAAGGCCAUGCAAGCAGCCAAAGAGCGUCAAAGCGGUAGGCCGGGACAUUUGGACCCGGGACAGGAGCACAAGCUGAAGCAGUUUAGGGCAAAGAUUGAGGAGGCAGGCAUCUUUAAUCCGGAGAGGCAUGAUGAUGCUUGUCUCUGCCGCUUCCUUCGAGCACGCAAAUGGGACGUCGAGGCUGCAUUGACCAUGUUCAAGGAUGCGGAGAAGUGGAGAAAGGAGUUCAAGGUGGACGAGCUCUACGAAAAUUUUGACUAUCCGGAAAAGGAGAAGGUCGAUGAGAUCUACCCGCAGUUCUACCACAAGCAAGACAAAGACGGUCGCCCGGUGUACAUCGAACAGCUCGGCAAGCUUGACCUGAGGAAGCUCUACGAGGUCACCACGCCUGAGCGCCAGCUGCAGAAGCUCGUCGUCGAAUACGAGAAGUUCCAAAGAGAACGUCUGCCCGUAUGCACGGCGCAAAAGGGCGAGCUCGUCGAGACUUCGUGUACUAUCAUGGAUCUGAAGAAUGUGGGGCUCAGCCAGUUCUGGAAGGUCUCGGGCUAUGUGCAGGAGGCGAGCAAGAUUGGGCAGUACUACUAUCCGGAGACGAUGGGCAAGCUCUACAUCGUCCACCCGCCUUGGCUCUUCAACACCGUCUGGAACGUGAUCAAGGGAUACCUCGACCCGGUGACAGUAGACAAGAUCCACAUUCUCUCUGACGACAAGCAGCUCCUCGAGCAGAUCCCGGAUGUGGACCUGCCCACCAUCGUAGGCGGCAAGUGCGACUGCGCAGACAAGGGCGGAUGCAUGUCCUCUGAUGCUGGACCGUGGAAUACUCCCGAUGGCAAGGAGAUCAUCGAGAAGGUCAAGCAGGAGGGCGGGGAGAAGAGGGAGAAGCACGAGGCCGGGGCGACGAAUGGCAAGUGAGAGC